GACAACUUCAAUCUGUCAUUUUAGUUGCAUGUUUCUUAAAAACCACGUGUUUACGCUGUUAAAGUUUGAUCUUCUGCUUUUAGUUUAUUAAAAUAAAGUACUCACGAUGGGUAUUAUACAGAGAGUAAAAAAACCCACAACAAGAAAGGGUAAAAAGGUAUUACAGUCUAAGGAACCAAAACCCAUAGAAGGUCCUAAACAGAGCCUUUUCCUUCAGGGUCGUAACCCUUCAGACCUCACAAGAAAACUAUUGAAAGACAUUUAUGACUUGAAGAAACCCGACGCUGCGUAUCUAAGUCGCAAAAAUGAUUUUGUUCCAUUUGAAGAUGCUACUCUGAUUGAAAAGUUAUGUUACAAAAAAGAAGCUGCUUUAUUUGGAGUUGGUUCUCACUCAAAAAAGAGGCCACACAACAUUAUUCUCGGACGUACAUUUGACUAUGGAAUACUGGAUAUGAUAGAACUUGGAGCAGAUAAGUACAAAGCCAUGUCAGAGUUCCACAAUAUGAAAGUUAUGGCAGGACUAAAACCAUGUCUUAUAUUCAAUGGACCUGCCUGGGAUUUGAACCAAGAUUUAAAAAGAUUGAAAUCACUAUUCACAGAUUUCUUCUGUAGAGAAAAGGUUGACUGUAUCAGGCUGCAAGGAUUAGAACACGUCAUCAGUUUUACGGCCACUGCAGAGAAUAUGAUAUAUUUCAGAUCAUACAGAAUUCAAUUAAAGAAAAGUGGUCAAAGGAUACCUAGAAUUGAGCUGGAAGAAAUUGGACCUUCUAUAGACUUCAAGCUAAGGAGAACUAGAUUAGGCUCUGAUGACCUUUUCAAGGAGGCAUGCAGAGUGCCCAGGGAAGUCAGACCAAUCACGAAGAAGAACAUUUCCAGGGAUGCAUUUGGUUCUAAAAUGGGUCGCAUCCAUAUGGGCAAGCAGGAUAUCCAGAGAUUACAGACUCGCAAGAUGAAGGGAUUGAAAAAGACUCCAGAAGAAAAGAAGCAAAUGUUGUUGAAGCGGAAGAAGGAAAGACAAGCUGCGAGGCAAGCACAAACUGCUGCUGCAGAAUAAAAAUAAAUGAUUAUUCCGCAAUA